GUCACAAGUCGACUGCAUCUCUUCAAUUUGCAUCUCUCAUCUGACUUUUUUCUCAACUAAAUCACUGCGACCUUCGACUACGAUGCCCCUCUCGAUCGACUUUUCAGGCAAGCUCGUCCUCAUCACCGGAGGAGGCCGAGGGAUCGGUCUAGCCAUCACCGAGGCUCUCGCAGAAGCCGGUGCCGAUAUCGCCAUAACAUACACCUCGACCGAUGCUACCCCCGUCGCAUCUCAACUGUCUUCCAAGCACGGCGUUACCGUCAAGGCGUUCAAGUGCAACGUCGAUUCCAGUGCCGAGAUCGACAAGCUCGUUGGGGACGUACAGGAAGCUUUCGGAAGAGAGGUUGACAUCGGAGUGAACAAUGCUGGAAUUGCGCUUUGGCAGUCUUCCGUUCACAUGACCGAUAACCAAUUCGACAGCAUCUUCCGAACGAACACCACCGGCCCCUACUACCUCUCCCGCGCCCUCAUGCGCUCCUGGCUCGGCCUACCCAUCUCCCUCUCUUCCUCUUCUUCCGAAGUCAGCCUUACCGCCGACGACGGUCAACCGAAGAAGAACCUCAAGGGGAAACAGAUCCUCUUUGUUUCCAGCAUCUCCGGGUUGGUAGCGAUGACGCCGCAGUAUCAGGCUGCUUAUAAUGCGAGCAAGGCUGGGGUGACGAUGUUGGCCAAGAGCUUGGCGGCAGAAUGGGCUCCUUACGAGGUAGUCAUCAACUCGGUCUCACCCGGCUACGUAUCUACGGACAUGAUCGCCAACCCGCCUGACGAACAAGCUCGAGGUUGGGUCAAGGUUUGGGAGGAGAGGACUCCGAUUGGUCGAUUCGCAUCCGCCGAAGAGAUCGGCAAGUUCAUUGCCGUUCUCCUCAGCCAACACGCUGCUGGCGCCGGGUUCAUGACCGGUUCGGACGUCGUCAUCGAUGGAGGAUAUACAUUGUACUGAACGAGGAAGAAGCGACGACGGUUACCAAUACGCGUAAGAACGGGCGCCACUUUGUUCCGGACCACCCUAGCAUGCACAGCUAGUU